UGAAAAAAGGAAAAUAGGGCAAGGAGGAGGAGGCGGAGAGCAAAACCGGCACCACUCAUCAACGAGCUUCUCUCUGAAAGUGAAAGCUCACACAAGCCGCCGCAUAGUAGUCUCUGCUCACAAGUAUCGAGAGAUAUAGAAACCUUAAAAAGCGAUGGCGAAGAUGAAGAAGAAUACGAAGCAAGCUCGUCUCUGCGAAACCACUGGGGCUUGGGCCACCAAGCUCCUUGAGGAUUUUCGCGCCUCCGGGAACGAUUCUUACGUCUUUGAGCAGCAUCUUACAAAUAGCGAACGUGGCAUAAUUCAUCAGAUGUGCCGAACUAUGGGUAUCCGAUCAAAAAGUCACGGGACUGGGGAAGAAAGGCGUCUUUCUCUUUUCAAAAGAGAUGACAUUUCAAAGUCAGACAGCAAGCGUAGGUUUGAAACCAGAAAUCAGAAAGGAAGAGAAGGAGAUGGCUUGUCAAAGUCAUACAGCAAGCAUCGGUAUGAAACCAAAUUUCAGAAAGGAGGCGCUAUAAGAAAGUCACAGAAGCUUAAAUGUGUGUCAUUUCCACCAGAGGCAAAAGCUGUCCUGCAUGACUUAUUUACUCGCUAUCCACCUUGUGAUGGCGAUACUACAGGAACAUCACUGGGUAUAUAUACUGGAAACGUCCACAGUAAUUGGAAAGAUGACUUCUUCAAGAAACCUCAAUUGACAAAAAACGAUAUUCAAAAUAAAGUGGCAUCCCUGAGUUCUAGACUGGAAAAAGAAAAACGUUUUAGAGAGAUCAUUGAAGCACGAUCAAAGCUUCCCAUCGCAUCUUUUCGCGAUGCCAUUAUAUCUGCAGUGGAGUCCAAUCAGGUUGUUCUUAUUGCUGGUGAAACUGGUUGUGGGAAAACUACUCAGGUGCCUCAAUAUCUUCUAGAUCAUAUGUGGCAUAGUAAGCAAGAAGUGUGCAAAAUCAUUUGCACCCAACCACGUCGUAUCUCAGCUAUUUCAGUUUCUGAUCGAAUAUCUUGGGAAAGAGGUGAAACUAUUGGGAGAACUGUCGGCUACAAGGUUCGGCUGCAAAGUGAAGGUGGAAGAGGGUCAUCAGUUGUUUUCUGCACGAAUGGCAUUCUAUUGAGGGUGCUUAUAGGCAAAGGCGUUAACAGCUGUGUUCCUGAUAUAACUCACAUUAUUGUGGACGAAAUCCAUGAAAGGGACUCCUACUCUGAUUUCAUGUUAAUGAUUUUAAGGGACUUGCUUCCGUCGAAUCCUCAUCUCCGACUGAUUCUAAUGAGUGCUACUCUUGAUGCUGAGAGGUUUUCUGAGUAUUUCGGAGGUUGCCCGGUUGUCCGAGUACCUGGAUUCACUUAUCCAGUGAGAACCUUUUUUCUGGAAGAUGCGCUCGCUGUCCUGAAUUCAGACAAGAAUAAUCAUCUACUUUCUGCUGACUCGAACAUACCAAGUGACAAGCGUGAUUUUAAAGAUGAAGAUAAAGUUUCUUUAGAUGAAGCAAUCGACUUGGCAUGGACAAAUGAUGAGUUUGAUUGUCUCAUAGAUCUAGUUUCAUCUGAAGGAAGUCACGAGGCUUACAAUUACCAGAACUCAACGACAGGCCUAACACCACUUAUGGUCUUUGCUGGAAAGGGCAGGGUUAGCGAUGUCUGCAAGCUCCUUUCAUUUGGCGCUGACUGUACACUGAAGUCCAAAGAAGGUAUAACAGCAUUAGUAUUAGCUGAAAAGGAGAAUCAAUUUGAAACUGCUCAAAUAAUCAGGGAACAUGGGGGUAACAUCCAGUCCAAUUCUCAGCAAGCACAAGACUUACUUGAUAAGUAUAUGGCGACAAUCAAACCAGAAGAAGUAGAUGUGGGUCUUAUAGUGAAGUUAAUGAAGAAAAUAUGCAGCGAUUCAGAAGCUGGUGCCAUUCUUGUUUUUCUACCAGGGUGGGAGGAAAUAAGGAAAACAAAAGAGAAAUUACUUGAUGAUCGCUUUUUUGCAGAUAGUGAUAAAUUCAUCAUUCUAUGUCUUCACUCAAGGGUUCCAGCUGAGGAACAGAAGAAAGUUUUUAAUCGCCCCCCUCGUGGUUGUCGCAAAAUUGUGCUUGCGACAAAUAUUGCUGAAUCAGCAGUUACCAUCGAUGAUGUGGUUUAUGUGAUAGAUAGCGGUCGGAUGAAGGAAAAGAGUUAUGAUCCCUAUAAUGAUGUGUCAACGCUCCAGUCUUCUUGGGUAUCAAAAGCAAAUGCAAAACAGAGGGCGGGUCGAGCAGGCCGUUGCCAAGCUGGCAUUUGUUAUCAUCUAUAUUCUAAACUCCGGGCAGCGUCUUUGUCCGAAUAUAGAGUUCCUGAAGUUAUGAGAAUGCCAGUGGAUGAACUCUGCUUGCAGGUUAAGAUGCUGGAUCCGAAUUGCAACGUAAAUGAUUUCCUUCACAAAUUGAUGGACCCGCCUGUUGCUCAAAGUAUUGCAAAUGCCUUAAUCAUCCUUAAAGAUAUUGGAGCUUUGACUCCUCAAGAAGAGCUGACAGAACUUGGACAGAAAUUUGGUCAGCUUCCAGUUCAUCCUCGGAUUAGCAAGAUGAUUUAUUUCGCCAUAUUAGUGAACUGUUUGGAUCCAGCACUUAUUUUGGCAUGUGCAGCCGACGAGAAGGAUCCGUUUACUAUGCCCUUGUCGCCAGGUGAUAGAAAAAAGGCUGCUGCCGCAAAACAUGAACUUGCAUCGCUUUAUGGAGACCACAGUGAUCAUCUUGCCACUGUUGCAGCUUUUCAGUGCUGGAAAAAUGCAAAAGAAAGUGGUCAAGCUAAGGAGUUUUGUUCUAAGUACUUCAUAUCCCAAAUUGUCAUGAAGAGGCUGGAUGAUCUGCGUCGCAAGCUUCAGGGAGAACUUAGUAGACAUGGGGUCAUCCCUAGCAGCUCAAACUGUAGCCUGAAUGCUCAUGAUCCGGGUAUUCUCCGUGCUGUUAUAGCAGUAGGAUUGUACCCUAUGUUGGGAAGGAUGUGCCCAGUUUCCAAGAAUCAGACAAGGUCUGUAGUAGAGACUAUUGCUGGAGCCAAAGUUCGUGUGCCCUCGCUAUCAAAAAAUGUUGACUUGUCCUCUACCAAGUAUGACGAAGCUUUAAUUGUUUUUGAUGAGAUCACUCGAGGAGAUUGGGGUGUGCAGAUAAGAAGCUGCAGUGUUCUUCCCACUAUACCUUUGUUACUGUUUUCAAGAGAGAUAGCCGUUUCUACUACAGAGAGCUAUGAUGCUGUUAAGAGUGAUGACGAGGAAGACCACGAAGUAGAAAAUGUAGGAGACGCAAUGGACAUAGAUAAAGAAGGUGGUAGGCCUGGAGAGAAAAUAAUGCUUGCGCCGGAAAAUUCAGUAAAGGUAGUAGUGGAUCGGUGGCUGCCUUUCAAGGUUACAGCUUUUGAAAUUGCUCAAAUGUAUAUCUUGAGAGAGAGACUAAUGGCGUCCAUUUUGUUCAAGGUUAAACAUCCAAAGGAAAAUUUGCCGCCUCAUCUUGGUGCUUCUAUGUAUGCAAUAGCUUCUAUUCUCUCAUAUGAUAGCCUCGCACAAUCUUCAGUUCAAACCGGAGCUGUGCAACCUAUUGCUUCAGUGGUAGAUGCAACGAGUCCCAGAGAUGAUAUACCUUCCGCUAACCCCAAUGAGCUACGGGAGCAUGACCCGAACACUACUCCAAUGGGGUCAAAGCUCGAAUUAGCCAACAAGUUGGGUUUGGGUAAUAUGGAAGAGAGCUUGCCUUCAAAUUUCGCUGAUGGGAAUGAGCAACCUGACCCAAACACUUCUCCAGUGGAAGAUGUUUCGGUGGCUACAAAACAAAAGAAGAUGCAGUCAGAGUCCAAAAGGUGCAAGGCGCUCAACAACAUUGAUUUGGGGUAUAUUGAAGAGAAUUUUGGGAACAUGGAAGAGAAUGCUCCUUCUGAUCUGGCUAAUGGGAAUGAGCAAACAUUGCCGAAGUCAGCUAGCAACUUGGACAUGGGGUUUAUGGAAGAGAACACGCCUUCUGAUCUGGCGAAUGGGAAUGAGAAAACAGAGCCUAACUCAGCCAACAGCAUGGAGUUGGGGAACAUGGAAGAGAACAAGCCUUCUGAUUUGGCAAAUGGGAAUAAGCAAAAAGAGUCUAAGUCAGUCAGCAAGUUGGAUCUGGGUAGGGAGAAAGAGAGCAUUCCUUCUAAUUUCGCUAAUGGAAAUGAGCAACGUGACCCAAACAUUGCUCCAGCUGAAGAUGCUUCAGCGGCUAAGCAACCAGAAAAGAAGCGAUCAAGGUCCAAAAAGUGCAAAUCAGGCAACAACCUGGAUUUGGGGAAGAUGGAAAAGAGCAAGCCCUCCGAUCUGGCAAACGGGAAUGAGCAAACAGAGCCCAAGUCAGCCAACAACUUGGAUUUAGGGAAUAUGGAAGAGAACACGCCUUCGGAUCUGGCUAAUGAGAAUGAGCAAACAGUGCUUAAGCUACCUAACAACUCGGAUAAUGAUAACAUGGAAGAGAGCUUGCCUUUCAAUCUUGCUAAUGGUGAUGAACAACCUGACCCAACCACUGCUCCAAUGGAAGCUGCUUCAGUGGCUAAGCAACCAAAAAAGAAGCGAUCAAGGUCGAAAAAGUGCAAAUUAGUCAACAACCUGGAUUUGGGGAACAUGGAAGAGAAGAAGCCUUCUGAUAUGGCUAAUGGGAAUGAGCAGAAAGAGGCUAAGUCAGUCAGCAGGUUGGAUCCGAGUAAGGAUAAAGAGAGCAUCCCUUCGAAUCUUGUCAGUGGGAAUGAGCAACCUGACUCAAACAACACUGCUCCAGUGGCUAAGAAACCAAAAAGGAAAAAGCGCAAAUUAGCUAACAACUUCGAUUCGGGUAACAAUAUUGAAGGGAAAAUGCCUUCUACUAAUGGGGUUGAGCAGCCUGAACUAAACAUUUCUCUGACAGAAGCUGCAUUAAAGGAGAACAAUUAGGAAGCAAAACCAAAAGUCAAGCCAAGAAGGUUACUCGUAAGGACAAACAAGAAGAGAAUUAUGAUGCACAUUUCACUUUGGUGUUUUAAUGAGCAUUUUGGUGUUUGUCAUGAAACGAAUUUUUGAAGUCGCACCAACCAUAAUUUUAUCUACAUAGGUGUAACAGAUUCUCAACUUUCAACAAUUUUGUUAGAUUAUUUGUAUUCAUUCUCAUGUAAUUGAAAGAAGAAAAAAGGCCACUUUUGAUCCA